CAAGACCGAGAUAGAAUCAUCCCGACUAGCGCCUGAACUGAAGUCUGAGAACUGAUCUCGUAACAUUAUUCGUGCAUAUAUAUUUACGUAUAUAAUGUUGGAUGGCCUAAGCUGGCUGUGAUAAGUGCAUCAAAGAGUGAAAGAGAGAGAGAGAGAAAGAAUCGCGAGCCGCUUCGAGUUUACUUAAUGCGCUAAACUGUAUAAAGGAAGAAGCGGUAGCGACGCUUUACUCGUUUUUUUCUCUACUUGCGAGUUGUGCCGAACAAUCACAACUCUACUUUAGUUUUUCAUCCAUAUAACAGAUUAAAAGUUCAGAAAUCGCAAUUGCUUCAACGUGUUGAUCAAGCAGUCGAAUCAGAUUCGUUUAAUUACAACGUAUACAGCAUAAUGAGGCGCAAAAGUGAGCGUAACAAGGCAAAGGCAGCUGUUGAAAAAGUUGUUGAAACAGUCACUCCAAGGCGAACUACUAGAAGAAGAGCAAGAGUAUCACCAUCUCCAGACAAAGAAGUAGUUAAAGAAAGUGCACCAGUGGUGGAUGAUAAUAACGAUAUUACUAAUAUCGAGCAAAGCAAUGAUGUGGAAGGUACACAAAGUAAUGUUACUUCCAGUGAACUAAUUAAAUCUGUUCUUGGAGCAAAAGAAGAGGAUGGAAAUGGGUCAGUAUGGAAAGUAGCAAGAGCGGAUGCAUCACCUGGAGAAAUCCAGAAACUGAAGUUAUGUAGACAGCGUAAUACAUCAGAAACAUCUGAAAGUUCAACGCCAAGUAAAAAAAAAUCAAACAAGUGGCAGGAUAGUGGAGAAAGCAUUGCAGAAGAGGUUGAAUCAGCAGAUGAGCGUGUAGCAGCUUUGGAAAAGGUUGCUAUUAGCCAAAAAGCUGAUGAUUCCUCUUCUGUAAAUCAAGGUCAGGAACCCAAGGAAGAGGUAAGUGAUUACAAGGAGAACCUGCCUGAAACCACUUCAGUCAACUUGUCUGAUGAUCAAACAAACAUAGAUCAACAAGCUGAUUCCAAGGAGAACUUGCCUGAAACUACUACUAUAUCUUCUCUUAACUCUGAACAACCAUCAAACAGUGAGGAAUACCAAACUUUGACUAAUACUCAAGAGGAUCCAUCACCAGAUAGCAGGGAUAUUGUAGCUGAUUGCGUUGAAAAUGAAGCUGUACUUAAUCAAGGAGAAGAAGAACAACAAGAAGAUUCUAAUUUACCUUCUGAAUUAGAAAAUAAAACUUGUGAAUCUCAGCAGCCAACUGAUAUUAACCUUAAUGAAAAUAGUUAUAAAGUUGUUGCUGAACAAGCUAAUGAAGAUUCAAUACAGGAAACUGUCAGUCCUGAUGAUGAUAUUAAUCAAGAAAAUAAUGAAGUUUCACAAGUGAAUAAAAAGUAUGACACUGAAAUCAUUCAACAGAAUGAAAAAGUUGAAGAAGAAUCUCCAAAUGCAGAAGAGCCAUUAAUUUAUGAUGAAAAUACUACUGAAGAUAUUUCAUUAAAAAAUGACAAUAAUUCAGAAAAUGAAGUUUUCAAUUCUGAAAAUAAUGCAGAAUCCAUUUGUAUUGACACUGAAAAUUGCUUAAUAGAAGAGAGCAAAGAAGAUGAGGAAGAAGAAGGUGAAAUAAAAGAUGAAGUAGAAAAUGAGCAAAGUCCUCAUAAUCAUAAAAAAUGGUCAACUAAUAAAAAUUCAUCGAGAACAGAGAGAAAUGCAAUUAGUUAUGAAACUCAUCUGGAAAUUUCUGAAAGUACUAUGGAUAAAGAAGAUAUUUUAGAAAUUACAGAUAAAUCAGAUGAUUUAAGUGCAUCAUUAAUUGCAUCAAAACCAGCAAAAGUCAGUUUGAAAAGAUCGUUCAAUUCUAGGAUACCUCAAGAUUCAGAAAAUAAUACAGAAGAUAAUUCUGUUAAACAAGUUUCAGAAACAAAUCAAAAUAAAGAAAAUCAUGCGGAUAAUGAUCAGCCUGAUCAAAAAUCAACCACAAAAAGACGUCGGUGGGGAACUACUACAAUAGCAGCAGGUGUUGGACCAGCUUUUUCUAUAUCCACUGAUUCUUUGAAGGCUUUAGUACCUGGGGCAAAACCUGUAUCGCUUAAUGAGGUACGCCUAACUAAAGACGAUGAAGAAAGAGUUACAAAUAAAAGAAAAAAAGAAAUAAGUGACAAUGAAGAAGAGACAGAUUUAACUACAAAUUCUGAAAUAACCAAAAAGGAUCAAAAAACUGACAAUCAGACAGCGUCAAGACGAAAAAUCAGUAUUAUUAAAGAGACGCCUAGACCUGCUUCACCUAGUACUGCUGAAGCUCAAGCCACAAAUAUUUUAUUGAUUAAAAAUUUGGUACGGCCAUUUACAUUAAACCAGAUCAAGGAACUCCUCUCGCGAACAGGAACUAUUGUAGAAAACGGUUUCUGGAUGGAUAGAAUAAAAUCCAAGUGUUAUGUAGAGUAUAAAAAUGAAGACCAAGCUUUUGAGACUCGACAAGCAUUACAUGGUAUUUCUUGGCCACUCUCAAAUCCAAAGAAAUUGAUCGUUGAGUAUGCCAAUAAAGAAGAUAUGGAAAAAGCAUGGGCGUCAACGGUAGAUCAGCCUUUAGUCAGAAAAACAGAGCAAUCUAUUGCAAAUGAGACUUGGAAGCAAGAUACAUGGGACAGAGAAGAACGAAACCAAACCGUAAAUAAAAUAACAGUCAUUCGGGAAUGGGAUCUUGGGAAAGAAGAUGGGCUACUUGAAAAGAAGGAAAAGGAGCGAGAGCGAAAAGAAAUAGAAAAGAAAAAACGUCAGCGCAGUGCAUCUCCAACACAUGAAGUUCAUCUUCCUGCACCUGCGAGAAAAUUUAAGAAGAAAGAAGAGGAGCCUCCCACAGCAAAACUAUUAGAUGAUCUUUUUAGGAAAACUAAAACCACUCCUUGUAUAUAUUGGUUACCUUUAACAAAUGAACAGAUUAUGGUCAAAGAAGAAUUAAGACGACAACACAUGGCAGAACAUGCACGCCGAGUAGAAGAGAUACGACGAGUAGAGAGAGGUCGAGAUUCACGACGCCGUAGCCGCCCGAGAAAAUAAUUUUUCACGUUCUUAUAAUUUCUGAAAUGAUGCAAACUAUUAUCCUUAUCCUUUCUCAACUUGACCAUUCUAGCCCCUCGGCACGACUACGUGAUUGAUAAAGUUAACUCACAGUUUCCUAUUUUUUGUUCGUGUUUCACGAAUAUGUAAAUAUUUAUAUUAAUAUUAUUAUUACUAUUAAUAUUCUAAAUUGAAUUUUUUUAUAUUUUCGCGUGUCCGAUCAAGUACACAAAUUCUGCUUUGUACACAAUGAAAUAAGCCUCGGCAAUCAGUAAUUAAAUAAUUUUUCAAUUUAUUAUUCCAUUCGUAA